GAUUACAACGCACCCGUGGUUCGCCAUUGCGACGUGAUUGCCUACCGAAGUUUCGUGUUUGUGCGUGAGAAUUUGUCCCGGUACGUUGGAUUUUUCCGUGGCACACGACAAGUUACUAACAAGCGAAAAGCGAGCAUUGAUCGUGGAGUAAUUUGCCCCCGUGUCAAGGGCUGAGCGCUGAUUCAUCGCGGAGGCUGCACCGAACAUCAUUAUCGAUAUAAUGAAGAGAGAAGCCGAGGCCGGCGCCAUGACAGCUUCCGGGGGUCCAACGAGCCCCCACAAACGCUACCGACAGGCAUUUGACGAUGAACUCCGUCUUCUCAUCCCGAGCAAGGUUGCCGGUUCGAUAAUUGGCAAGGGCGGCCAGAACAUCACCAAACUCAGAAGUCAGUACAAAGCCUCAAUCAUUGUACCCGAUUGCCCCGGACCCGAACGGGUGCUUACAAUCAGCUCGGACCUGCCCACUGUUUUGCAAGUGUUGAACGAGGUCGUACCUAAUUUGGAAGAGAACGGCUCCCGUCAUGGCAGCGACGAGAUUGACGUGCGGAUGCUGGUGCAUCAGAGUCAGGCUGGAUGCAUCAUCGGCAAAGGAGGUCUGAAGAUCAAGGAGCUCCGCGAGAAAACCGGAGCCAGGAUCAAAAUCUAUUCGAACACCUGCCCCCGCAGCACGGAUCGCCUCAUCAGCAUCUGCGGGAAACCCACGACGUGCAUCGAAUGCAUACGCGAAUUGAUCGCCACCAUUAAGACCGUAAGUACACCACGAGAUCAUGACUUUCUCAUAAAUCUUCGACGUGGCGGCGGUGGCGGUGGCGGCAGCGGUGGCGGCUACGAAGGUGGCCGCGGCGGCGGUGGAUACGGCGGCGGCGGGAACCGAGGCGGACCGCCACCCUACGGCGGCGGAAAUUACAACGGUGAUGGAUGGGGAAUGCAAGGAGGCGCGCCCAAUGGCUUAGGUGGCGGCGGUAACCCGGGGAUGGGUGGCCCACCUAUGGGUGGAAACAAUCAAGGCAACCAGAGUAACAUGAGUGGAAACAAGACUAGCACUCAGGUCACCAUUCCUAAAGACUUGGCCGGGGCCAUAAUCGGCAAGGGUGGUGCGAGGAUCAGAAAGAUCAGAUCCGACAGUGGUGCUGGAAUAACUAUAGACGAGCCACUGCCUGGCAGUAAUGAUCGUAUUAUUACUAUUACCGGGAUUCCCAGUCAGAUACAAAUGGCCCAGUACCUGCUGCAGCAGAGCGUACACGAGAAUGCAGAUCAUUACUAAGUGGUGAAGGAUGCAUUCGCGGGAGGGGGGGAGCCAAAGAUGCGCUUUUGUAACUUUUUUUUAGUAAUAUUUCUUGGGCAAACACAUAAACGCUGAAAGUGGAAACUGAAACAAGUAUGUUGGCAAGCACCCGCUGUAACACGUGCGAAGAAACCCGGGAUCCAUACGCAACUUCUGGCGACAAGUUCUGCGUGCGAGAUAAACUGUAGGAUUUACAUACAUACACCGCACCACACGCGAGUGUCACCCUCUCCCAGAAAGAAAAAAAAAAACAAACGCUUGUGGUUGAUGCUAACGUGACCUUGACAUGGCGAGAUACUAUUUUCGAGAAUGGUAGUCGUCCAUUACAGCCUGCAGAGAAUGCUCUCCAACGAGAAAUAUAAAUCGACUUCUUCUGGGGUGGUUUUUAUCGUCCAAUCUCCGAUCGUCCCAAGUAUGAUAUUAAGAUGUUAUAUAAAUUUACAAUCUCUCGAAUUAAAACGAAGACCUCUUAUUCGACAUUUAUAAAUCUAUAUAGCGUACUAAAACAGCCGACUUGUAUUUUUCUGCUGGGGAGCAACCAAAGUAAAUCGAUUCACCAAUCGAGCACCGUUUUUGACGUCGGCCUUUUUUUAAAUAUAGAACUCUCUUAUUUGUAUCAUGUCGGAGAUACUGUCGAUACGACAGCGGGGGGUUUCAAACUGGCGAGCAAUCGCACCGUGUUCCCCGAUGUUAGCAUUCCCGAGAAAAUGUAUUUAUCACUCGAAAGAAAUCCAAAUUCUUUUUUGUAAUGACCGUAAUGGCGCGCGCCAUUAUUCCACGGGGAAGAGCCAAUCUCCUUUUUCUCUUUUUUCGUUUUUGAUUAUUGUCAGAUCUUGUCCUUUUCGCCCAACGGAAUCAAUGUGUUUUAUUUUCGAACCGUAAUAGUGUGUUAACCAACAAUCGAGACGUAGGCGCGAGACAGCCAAUUUGAAACCGUUUCACGCGUAAGCGGCUCUCCUGAACAUCGAGACUUGACAACGCACACUUUUCUCAUUACGUUUCUUUCCAGCUUUUUGAUAAAUUCUUUACAAAUUCUAAUCCUAUUGAAAUAAGAGUAAAUGCGCAUAGAGUGAAUGCGAGGGCAACAGUGUCGAAGGAACGGGAGAGAUCGCAGCGAGGAAGAGCGAGAGAGAGAGAGAGAGAAAGAUUUCAUUAGAUAAAUUU